GAGACCGCCGCGACCUUCGUAAGUAUCGACUCACAUUGUUUGCUUCUCUCUACUUCCACUCCAAAUCUUUCUUUCUUCUUUCUCCUCCUCCUCCUCCUCCUCCUCCUCUGGUUUCUCUCCCCAUUUCUACGAAUUCAUCACCCCUUUUUUGUACUUUUUGUUUUCUUGUUUCAGCUAUUUAUAUAGAGAGAGUAGGGCUCGUUUUGGGUUCAAGAAUUCCAGGAGGAAAAUGGGUUCAAUCUCCGUUCCCUGCCCCAAAGUUGCUUCGCUUGUUCGAGUUGGAUCUAGUGGGCAACCUUCAAAGAACCACCAAAAUCGUUUGGUAUUCGGAUCCUCGCACCGUCAAUCCGCAUUGUCCCUUUCCCGGUGGUCAAGGAGGCAGGAAGCUGCCGUGUGCAAGGUUGCUGUAGGGAAAUCUUCAAAACCUGCACCAUUAGUUGACACUAGCUCUAAAGAUGUAUUGUCAAAGGGUAAAGAUGAGCCUGGAGAGAAAAACACUCUAGAUCCAUCAUCCAUUUCGGAAUUUAUGACCCAAGUAUCAGACCUUGUCAAACUUGUUGAUUCGAAAGAUAUUGUGGAGCUGCAACUAAAGCAGUUGGACUCCGAGAUUGUAAUAAGAAAGAAGGAAGCUUUGCAGCCAGUGGCACCAUCACCACCUUCAAUUUUCACAACGCCACAACCCAUGCCUCAUUUAAUGUUUCCCACUCCAGUCCCUGCAGCUCCUGCUCCUGCUCCUGCUCCCACUCCCACUCCCACUCCUGCAAACCGGGCCCUUCCAGCACCAGCUUCAGCAUCCUCGUCUCCUGCAAGUACAACCAAAUCAUCUCAUCCACCACUCAAAAGCCCCAUGGCUGGAAUCUUCUACCGAUCUCCUGCACCAGGUGAACCACCAUUUGUCAAGGUGGGAGAUAAAGUCCAGAAAGGUCAAGUUCUCUGCAUUAUUGAGGCUAUGAAACUGAUGAAUGAAAUUGAGGCUGAUAAGUCUGGAACCAUAGCUGAGAUAUUGUUAGAGGACGGGAAACCAGUUAGUGCCGAUACGCCUCUUUUCGUUAUCGCACAAUGAAACAACUUCGUGAACAAUAUGCAAGCCCUGUGGCAGUCAUUGUUCUGGAAUCCACGUCUGGCAGCCAUAUAUUUUGGUUCGGUUUGAUUCAGUUGAUGGUUAAAAAAUCAUAGCGUCUGCCCUCUCUUGUUGGAUAAGCAUUGUAAAAUCUUAAUUCAUUUUUCUUUGUUUUCAGCGAUGCACCAUAUUUAAGAAAAACACAAUAAGGUUUUUCAGCUUUCAAUUUGCAAAUUCAAAAUCAUUGUUCUGCUAUACGCUGGUGAAUAGAAUGGUGCAUUUCAG